CGAAAGUAGGUCCGGAUUUGGCAACACGCCAGCUGUCGCACAUGUUCGGCAUGUUCACGAAUUUGCGCAGAUAUCUCCAAAUCUUCAUCAUGGCAUCAUCUAAUGAUGGUAAACGAAAACGAUACGAUGACCAUCCCAAAGUAAACGAAGAAGUUUUCAUUCAUAAUACAAGCCCCAUAAAGACUAGUCGUUCAAAUAAAGACUAUUUCAAUGCUGUGGCACAAACCAAUAAGAAUUUUUAUAUGGACAUUGUCUGUUUCCAACCAAAACUACAUAACCAAUUCCGGAAAGCAGAAGAACAAAAAAGCCCAGUAAAGCUCACGAAUGCAAGUCUCACAAAGAGUCUGAAAGACGAUUCCCUAAAGAAUCUAAUGAUUACAUACGAUACCCAAAUGUCAAUCGAAAACCACACCUUAAACUUCAAACCAAAGCGUCCAAAAUUACAAACUACGCCAUCCAUCCAACUGAACGAAUUGAGUGACCAGAAGAUUUCUAGCAAAGUGAAUGUCACAGCCACCACAGUACAAGUCAUUAAGGAAACCUUCCCUAAAGAAGUUCGGGGACAAGAACUGGACCUGAAAGUUAUCCAAAUUGCAGAUGCCACAGAUUCAGCUCACCUCAGCUUGUGGGAAAAGUUAAUCCCACUCACUGAACUGAACAAAACCUAUGAAUUCAAGGAAUUGAGAGUGUGGGAAUUUGAAAAUCAAAAAGUACUUUCAACCACACAACAAUUGAGGAACGCCCUCCAAUCACAGGCAUUGUUGAUAGUAAAGACAAACAGGAACAAAACAGCGAUUUGCAAACAAUAACAAGGCCGUCGAUUGAUCAAGUCAGCGUCACAUUGAAAAAAACCUGUAUGACGUGCAAGCACGUUGUACCAUCUGCAAUGGCGGAACACCACACAGUAAAAUGCACUAAUUGCAAUAUGCGUCAGCUGACAACAAAAUUGCGCCAAAAUAUAAGGGCUAAAUUGCUCUUGACAACUGAAGACAAAGUUCGCAUAACAGUUACUGCCACUGAUCACCUCAUGAUCGAAUUCUUGGAAAAAGAAGGACUUGCCAUAACAAAAGACAUCAAAUCAGAUGACAUCGAGGAAUAUAUUUUGAAUUUGGAAUCAAUCGCGUCGGUCACCUACAACACUGAUAAGGUUGUUGUCAAAUUCUGAAUACAAGUAAUGUAUUGGAAGUAAUCUACGACAUUUUAUUGUCCUCAACACAUCGUAAUAGUAUAGUGUAACAUCUUGUACUCAAUUUUAUCACAUAUUGUGCCGCAUCAACAAUCUCAUCCUCUUAGUAAUAUGAAUCGCAUUUCUGUUACCCUUUUUGUAAAUGUAUUGUGUUUGUUCCUACCAUCUCCAUUCAGUCCUAAUCUUCAUUUCUACAUUUUGUUAACUUUCAAAUACCAGUCAAGUGUUCAAAUAAUCAUAAACAUUUCAUCAUCAUGAAGCCAUUGAAUA